AGAGAGAGAGAGAGAGAGAAAGAAAGAAAGAGAGAAAGAGAAAGAGAAACUUUGCUGAGACUCAUUUCAGUGUAGAAGUAGCCCACGGUCUGUAUGCGCAGUAAGACAUAUAUUGUUGCUUUCAAGGGAUCUAUUAUAUAUGUGGGCCGACAAGGGAAUACGAUCAUCACAGCUUUGUUGACAUGAUGGACUUUCAUCUAAAAUGCAGGACAUGGUGACCUCUGAGAUGAUGGAGGACAAGAACAGAGUUGGUCAUGUGAUGGAGGAGAAUGAGGUGGAUGUGCAGAUCAGACAAACCAAAGCUCAGCUACAGCAGGCCAACAACACCAGACCCAACUGGUCAAAUGGUCAGUGUGUUGUGGCGAUGCCAAGCUGUUCUAUUCUAAACCCAAGUUUUGAUCUGUCUCUGUGCCGUGCCAAACUUGAGAAUGAUGGCUUUCAGAUUCCAGAGAGAGACUUGGAGGCUCCACUGAAGACAGCUCUGGACGUUCCCUCAGUCCGGAGAUACAUGGUUUUCAACUCGGCUCUCUUCCAUUUUCUAAUGGCACCGGUGCUGUAUCUGGUGGUGUGGUGCGCCGUGUUCUCCACCCUCCACAUCUAUAUCACUGUGAGUGACUACUGGGUCCUCUGCCUCUCUGUCAGCCUGGUCUCCAUAUUUCUCACUACUGCCAUCAUAUUCGUCCUCCACUACAGUAACAAGGAGAUUGACAUGAAUUUAGACAUUCGGUUAAUCCAGGUGAAUGAGAGGAUGGUGAAACACAAGCUGCUGGUGGCUGUGGCCGACUGGGUGCAGUCCUGCACUGGAAACAUGCAGCUGUACUUUGUGUAUUGGGACAUGUCCCGCUGUCUGAGGGCACUGACUGAAACUUUAGAGGAGCGCAGCUUCGUGGCGAAUGACACCCAGAAUAAACUCAAGAGGAAACUGUCGCAUCUGGUCCUUGUGACCGAGGAAACGGCGGUUGACCCCAAGGUUGGAGGGUCAGAUGGGAAGCAGGACUCAGAUGAACAGAGGCCUCUGCUGAGACACGAGGGCAUGGGCUGCAGUACUUCAUCAAGCCAGAAGGACGGCGCCAAAAUCACCACCAACUACAGCCUCAUCCCUGAUGCGUCGUUACCUGCUCAGACUAAAGCCUACCAGCUUCUGAUGACCUACAGUGCAGCUUAUGUGAAGCUGCUGGUGUCUGAGAGGCUCUCAGGGCCGACACACCACAGCCAACGCUCCCGGAGGAAUCACUGCACCAACGCACCUCUGUGCCUCUGCCAGUACAUCAUAAAGAAGAUCCUUCGAUAACCAGUGUCAAACCAGGAACCUGGUAUACGGAGCUGGUGGACCUCACUCUUUUUGCUUUGCACCCAUGGCCUUGAACAGACAGACUGAUAUGUAGGAGCAUUUCCUCGGGAGCAAAUGUGGAUUUUGUUGUUUUGAUCAAAUGAACAACCUGUUUGGAGCUCCACACUUCAUUUCUCUUUUUAAGUGUGUUUGCACCACCUGAAUUCUCGUUCACUUUGUCCCAACAAUUUCUGCACUGUGCCAAACACUGCCUGAUCCAGCUGCUGUAAAACAAUACUUGCACUCCUGUAUGCAUGACACUCACAGCCUUAGUUACUGCUGUUUAAAAUAUUUGCACAAAUAAUAAAGAAUCUUGUGAUUGGUUUGCAGUAGAUUCUAUAGUAUUUGUCUUUGUGUUUGAGCUGAAGGCAGUGGUGGAAAGUAACUCUGGUACAAUUUUAAAGUAAAAUAUCUGAAUACUUCUUGCACCACUGUCACUGAAAGAGUGGUACCCAAACUAAUGUUUGGGCCCAUCCAAAUUGUCACAAGAUAAAUCUGAAGUCUUGUGAGAAAAUUGAUGGUGUUGGAAAGAAAACAUACAUAUCAAUGUUUGGACUUUUCUCUAAUCUGUGAAUUAAACAUAAUACUUGUAUCUCUUUGGGCCUCAAACUGCUGACAACUCAUAGAUGUGACAAGAGGCGCCGACUACACUUUAUGUAAAAGGUCACAAUAGUGUAAGUAGUAUAAAUAAAAAAAUACUCAAGUAAAGUAUAUUUUUGUUUAGGAACCAUUUUCAUGUUUCAGUUGUGAAGUGACUAUCAUCUAAUGUAUAUAUUUAGGUAGUUUAAUCUGUAACAAUGCAUCAUAUUUUAUUAACGGAUCACCUUUUGUGUGUAAAAUAUAAAUAUGCAAACUAAAAAGUACAAUAUUUGCCUCUGAUAUUUAGUAAAGUGGAAGUGUUGAGUAAAUUGCUUUAGUAAAGUAUUUUAAAAAUGCAAUUAAGUACCAUACUGACCAUACUACAGUAAAUGUACUUACUUCCAUUGAA